CGGUUUUUUAGAGUUGUGGACAAACUGUCUCGCUAGAUUGAUCAAGUGAUCGCCGGGCCGGGACACAGAUCAGGGGCUGUCCUAGUGACCGAUGAGCGGUAUGGAUCUUGGCACGAUUCUGCUUAACGCGCAAAGCCAAGACCUUAACGUGAGGAACUUGGCGGAGCAGCAACUUGCGCAUUGGGAAGCACAAUCCCUGCCUCAAUUCAUGAUCGGCCUUGCCAACGAGCUCGCAGGGGAGGGCCACAAUGAAAGUUCGCGUCAACUUGCGGGCCUUCACUUGAAGAAUUUGUUGUCUGCGAGGGAUGCCAAUACUGCCGCUGAAAAGAAAAGGCGCUGGUACACGGUCGUAGAUGUCAAUUCAAGGCUACAGAUUAAAGCAGCAUGUUUAAAUGCACUGAAGUCACCUGCUCUCGGAGCAGCUCACACCGGUGCACAGGUUGUGGCAAAGAUAGGCGCAAUCGAAUUACAGGGAAAACAAUGGCCAGAACUGCUCGGCCAUUUGUUGAAGAAUAUGACAGCGGUGGAGGUUGUAGAUGGUGAUCUACUUAAAACCGCGACACUUGAGACACUUGGUUACAUGUGCGAAGAACUGGAAGAUGAGUCAGUGGAUCAACUGGAGACAAACCAGAUACUGACAGCCAUUGUGGAUGGUAUGCGUGAAGAUCGCAUUGAUGCGGUGAGAGUUGCGGCGGCUCAAGCCCUGUUGAAUAGUUUGAUUUUCACAAGGCACAACUUUGAUAACGAAGCAGAACGCACAAUGAUCAUGCAGGUCGUUUGCAGUGCGACAAAGAGUCUGAACGAGAGAUUGCGUGUUACCGCAUUUGAGUCACUUGCUCGGGUAGCAUCUCUGUACUACGAAAAAUUACCGCAAUACAUCGAAGCGCUAUUCACAUUGACACUAACAGCGAUACAGCAGGACAAAGAAGAGCAAGUAUCGAUGAUGGCGAUUGAAUUCUGGUCGACGCUGUGCGAGGAAGAGAUGGAGAUUAUCGAAGAGAAUGAAGAUUCUCGGACCUCCCAAGGACCUCGACGAGAAUGCGCACAAUACGUGCACGCAGCAGCAGCUCAUGUGGUCCCCGUGUUGCUUCAAUCGACCCUUGUCAAGCAAGAUGAGAAUGCUGAUGAAGAUGCCUGGAAUAUUAGUGCGGCUGGUGCCAUCUGCCUUGGCCUUGUCGCCCAGACAGUAGGUGAUGCUUUGGUAGCUGAUGUACUUGCCUUCGUCGAGGCAAAUAUACUGCAUGCGGAAUGGCGGCGGCGUGAAGCAAGUAUUAUGGCCUUUGGUCAGAUCCUUGAGGGGCCCAAACCUGAAACACUCGCCGGACCAGUACAGACAGCAAUGCCGGUUCUUGUACAUGCGCUGAAUGACGAACACGUGCUAGUUAAAGAUACGACAGCUUGGACCCUAGCGCGGAUUUGUGAGCUCCACGCACAACGAAUUCCACAAGGGUACCUCCAACCUCUUAUCGAACGGCUCAGUGGCGCAUUGCAUGACUCAUCACGAGUUGCAGCUCAGGCUUGCUUUGCCAUACACAAUCUCGCACAGGCUUUUGAGCAUGCGCCCAAACACGGAGAGACGAAUGCGCUCUCGCCAUUUUUCCAUCCCCUACUGACACAGCUUCUUGCAGCAACAGAGCGUGGUGACUGGCAGGACCAUAACCUCCGUGGCCAAGCUUAUGAGGCAGUGAACAUGUUGAUUCAGAAUCAUGCGCCAGAUACACGGCCUAUUGUUGUCCAAGUCCUGCAGGUUGUCCUACAGCGCCUACAUGCCACGUUUUCCAUGGCGAUCGUAUCGCAGGACGAUAAAGACGAACGCGAUCAGUUACAAAGCCUUCUUUGCAGUGUUGUACAGGUAAUCACACGUGGCAUUGACAAAGACAUUAUGCCAUUUUGCGAUCAUACAAUGACAUUAUUGUUUAAAGUAUUGAAUAAUCAGAAUGCUGUUGCAUCCGAGGAAGCUUUCAUGGCAAUUGGGGCUGUAGCAUCUACGAUUGACAGAGAGUUUGAAAAGUACAUGGUAGACUUUUUUCCACUUCUAGUCAAAGGGCUGCGUAACUAUGCUGAGUGGCAAGUAUGCUCGGCUGCUGUUGGUACUACAGGUGAUAUAUGUCGUGCCCUCGAAAUUCAGUUACUACCGUACUGUGAUGAGAUUGUCCGAUGCUUGCUUGAGAAUCUACAAAAUCCUGCACUCAAUCGCCAAGUCAAACCUGCUGUGCUAUCCUGCUUCGGCGAUAUUGCGCUCGCAAUCAGUGGAAAUUUCGUGAAGUAUCUGCCUUCAGCGCUUCAGAUGCUCGAGCAAGCUGCCAGGACCAAGGUUUCAGGUGAUGAUGACGAAUUAAUCGAAUAUAUGACUGCUUUGCGCGAAGGCAUCCUAGAGGCCUACAUAGGUGUUGUUCAAGGGUAGGCAAAUUUGAGUCCAUGCUCACAUUUGAGUCAGAAUUCCCAGAAACUCUCAACCAAUCAUAGGCUGAACGAUGGACGUAAUUGUGGUUCGAUACGACCACACCUUGGCACUAUCUUCCAAUUUCUAGACGCUU